AAUUAAUAAUAUGCAAUAAUGAUAUCAGAUUUGGCAAUUUAAUUACAUUUAUUUUAAAGUUGAAUUUAAUGUAUUACACCACAAAUGCAACAUGCACAUCUUCAUAUUUCUAUAUAUAGAUUCAUAUAUAUUUUAUGCAAGUUAAUCAUUUCUAAAUAAAAGUGUAAGGGAAAAGAUAUACAUCCAGUGUGCAGUAGGCUGUUUAGUUUUUAACUGUUUAAAACUAAAGUAAUGAUAAAGAAAGAACAAGGCCGGGGCAUCUAGGCUACAUCUGAUCAAUUAUAUUUUACAAUCAAAUCAAACAACUGGUGUUUUUUUCAUUCUGUCCUAGGCUUCUGAAAAUUAUUGUAAUUAGUUUCUAAACAUUGUAAAGGGGUAUCUUCAAAAGCCAUAAUUUAUGAAUGAAACAUUUCUCCAAUAUGCCUAAAAUGAUAUUACUGAUCCGAAAAUUAAAUAAACAAAGAUGUUUUUGUUUUCAUAUACAGAAAGCAUUUCAAAAUACUGUUGAAAUUUGUUGUUAAAAGCCUCAAAAUACCGUUUUUGGGGGGAGAAUUAGCAUUUAUGUAUGUGAAUAUAAACUACAUUAAGAUCGUUAAAAAGAUAUUCAAUAGAGCGCAGGAUAUUUGCGUCACACGGUGCGCUGCAUGACAUCAUCUCCGUGCGCCGCGGAGUUCAAUGAAAGUUGAGUGAAUGUUGAGAUUGUGGAUGUAGUUAUGAGUGCCGUUCACCGGGCGUUAAAGAAACACUUCGGAUUCGACAAGUUUCGAUCUCAACAGCAGGAAGAUGCCGUGAAAGCAGUGCUAAAGGGUGACAGGGAUGUGUUUGUCCUCAUGCCCACUGGAGCGGGGAAGUCUCUGUGCUAUCAGCUGCCUGCUCUUCUGGCCAGCGGCAUCACUCUGGUCAUCUCGCCUCUGAUCGCGCUCAUCCAGGAUCAAGUGGAGCACCUGAAAGCUCUGAAUGUUCCUGCACGGACCAUCAACUCUAAACUUCCCUCGGCUGAGCGGCGUCAGAUCCUGGCGGACCUGGAGAGCGAGAGUCCUCGGCUCAAGCUGCUCUACAUCACUCCAGAGAUGGUGGCGUCCCCGUCCUUCCAGCCCUGCUUGAACUCGCUGUGUGCGCGGGGUCUGCUGGCGUAUCUGGCUGUGGAUGAGGCUCACUGCGUCUCUCAGUGGGGUCAUGACUUCAGACCGGACUAUCUGAAGCUCGGGGACCUGCGCUCCCGUCUGCAGGGGGUUCCCUGUGUAGCGCUGACGGCCACAGCACCCAAGAGAGUGCAGGAAGACAUCGAACGCUCGCUGAAGCUGCGCUCGCCACUUGCCUUUGCCAUACCUGUUUUCCGUAAAAACUUGAAAUACGACGUGAUAUUCCGGGAUCUGUUGCCUGAUCCUUAUGUGCACUUGCUUGCGUUUGCCAAAGAGGCUCUGGGUGGAAAUACAGCGGAAAAGGAUGAAUUCAGAAGAUACAGAUGUCAUAUGGGUGACUUAUGUCAUUUCUGGACCUCAACAACUGACUUCACUUACUGUUUACUUUCAUUGCAUGGAAAAGAACAGCUUGGACAUUUUGAUAAACAUCUUCUUUUGUGUUCCAUGAGAAGAAUAAAGAGGGGCUGUGGGAUUGUUUACUGUCGCACCAGAGAGAGUUGUGAGGAAGUGGCACAUAAGCUGACUAAACUAGGAAUCGCAGCCAAGCCCUACCAUGCAGGGCUGAAGGUGGGCGAUCGUACAGAGAGUCAGACUGAUUGGAUGGCCGGUAAAGUGCCUGUUAUUGUGGCCACCAUCAGUUUUGGUAUGGGAGUGGACAAGGCCAAUGUCAGGUUUGUCGUUCACUGGAAUCUGGCGAAGUCUUUGGCCAGUUACUAUCAGGAGUCAGGACGAGCUGGACGUGACGGACUGCCGUCGUCUUGCAGGAUAUACUACUCGCCUAAAGACAGAGACCAGCUCAACUUCCUCAUCCGCAAAGAAAUUGCCCGCAAACAGGCGAAGCGAGGAUCAGAGAAAGAGCAGGAUAAAGCACCCAUCCUGGACUUUGAGGCAAUGGUUGCUUUUUGUGAACAAGAAGGAACCUGGAUUCCUGUGAUCUGGAUAUUUGAGGAAGCCAAAUUUUAGAAGCAAGAUUUCUAGAGUUUCAAGAAAUUUCAAGCGCCAUGGACGUGUUUUGAUGUCCCAGGCCGCAUUUAUUUACACAGUCAUAACACCAAUAUUAUGAAAUAUUAUUACAAUUUAAAUCAAUGUUUUUCUAUUUGAAUAUAUGUUAAAAUGUAAUUUAUUCUUAUGAUGCAAAGCUGAAUUUUCAGCAUCAUUCACUGUUACAAUGUAUUUCUGAAGGGAACAGACCGUCUUCAGAAAAGUUUACAUGGCACUUUCUUUUUAUCUUUUUAUCUGCCGUUCCGAAAGCACCACCUGCUGGCGGAGAACGAAUUAGCAUUUUUAGCUAGCCCAUCUAAUGUUUUUGUUUAGAUUAACGUGAAAAUCGACCCAUAUUUUUGCACUGCACAAAUGUGUAAAUGUGGUGGAUUUAUUUAAAAAAUCUUGCAGAUACGCUGUGACUAUAAUAAAACACAUGACAGGGACAUUUCCAGUCUCUUAAAAGGGCUGUUUUAGAUUAGCGCUUCAUUGUUGUAAUAUAUUAGCACACUUCAUGUUUUAGAUUAGCCUACACUGCAGCUGGUGUUGGUAGACUGGCGUUUUUCUCAGGCAUCAUGUGUUCACAAAUGGCUCAUUUAACUAUAUAAGCAUUUAAGAAUGAUGUUUAACAGAAUAAUUUGUCUUAUUGUGUUGUCAGUUUGUGUUGGCAGUUUUCAGUUUAAUGGCAGUAUUUUGGCACUGAGUCUGUGCACAAUGUUUCCUGUGAGGAAACCUUAUCUUCCGUUUGACUGUUGUGUUCACUUAAUGUGAAAUGGUGUUUCAAGCAACUAGAGAGAAAAACAAAACAAAAAAAAACCAGAACCUGCUAGUUGAGCUAGUCAUAAAAUUUCUGCUGUAGUGGGUGUUUCCAACAGGACAGAUGCCUGUGGGUGUGCCAUCACAGUAUAAAAUUAACCCUGCUGAUGAAAGAAUCAUUUCUUACUUUGGAAUUUCUUUUUAAAAUGAGUUUCGAUUGUCCCAUAAUUUUCAUAAGAAUCUUACCACAGUGUGCAUUUUUGUCUGAUCUCUUUAUAACAUCACUAAAAGUUAAUCAGGACACUGUGAUGUUAUUCUGUUGAAUCUGUUGUUCCUACUUUUUUUAUAUACAUUAUGUUUGUAUAUGGGUCAAUGACAAGACAUGCCGUUUUGGUGUUUGUUCAAAUUAAAUGAUUUUAUAUAUAUGGAGAGCGUAUUUAAAUACAAGUAAAGUGUCUGCUUUAACCAUUUGAAUAACUUUUGAGAAAAUAAAAUGUUAAAAAAUGGGUGAAAUAAUGUUCCAUCUUCAUUCAGCAUAACAUAUAAUUAUGUAAAAAAGUAUACUUCUAUAAUUCUGACCUGUACUUAUUAAAAUAUAUAAAAGAAUAAUUGAUCAUACUAUAUUUUAUUAUAUGGUAAGUAGGACUGUCAGUUUAACGCGUUAAUCUAAUUAGUUAUGAAAAAAAUAACGAUAUUAAACUAUAUUUUAAGGCAGUUAAGGUACUGACCCUGCCCCCAAACCUGUGCCUCAUCUUACAUUUCAUACUUAACUGUAGUUAACUGUUGACAAAUAUGAUGCAGGGUAACAACUCCAUUAAUGCAGUUAUGCCCUAAAAUUAAAUUUUGGGGUACUAAAAGCCUCUGUAUGAGUUUUUGUCUCAUAUUUAUAUCACAUGAUAAGCGAUAUCACACGAGUGUAGCUUUUGUCCCGAAUAGUGAGUGCAAAUGAGAUUUUAAACAACAGUUCAGUAAAUAAGUUAAUGCUGUGUUAUAUUUUAAACAGAAUAUUGUCUGUUUUUGUUCAGUUUUGCUAACGCAAAUACUACCUAUAAGCAGAAUUGUUGUGCGUCUCCAAGCAACACAGCAGUGUUUAGAUUUUGAAUGAAUCCGUGUUUUGAACGAAUCGUCUGAAUCAAUGAUUCAAAGUCCCAUUCAUAAAGUGAGCCGUUUACUGAAUUCUUGAAUGAAUCAGCCGUUCGAACGAAUCAAAUGAAUGACUCGUAAAGACAUUUACCGCCACCUGCUGGCAGUCAUUUCAUGUCGUUUCAAACCUGUAUGACUAACUUUUGUGGAACAUAAAAUAAGUUAUUUUGAAGACUGUUGGUAACAAAAAGCUUGUUUUUGGUUACCAAUGACUUUCAUUGCAACAAUAAAUACUGAGAUGUUUCUCAAAUUAUCUUCUUUCAUGUUCCAUAGUUUAUGUUAGGCUGUUGUGUCUUAAACGUUUAUGUGUAAUACAUUUUGUUGAAUCAAAUAAAAUAUUUAUUUUU